AUGUUCAACGAAAACGGAGACCAAUCAAUCGAGACUAUUUACCCGACUGGCGGCGGCUUGCCGGGAGACGAUGAAGAGGAAGAAAUCGACAUAAUGAACCCGGAACCGGAUACCCUCAUCCCAACGGGCGAGGACGAAGAGGAGCGCUUCCACCAUCCGGAGCACAUCUUCAUGCUCAACGAAGAUGAGAAUGAAUACGAAGAAGAGCAAGAUGUGUCUUUUGAUUAUAUUGGAGGAGAAGAGCCGCAGCAAUUCGACGGCGUGCUCGACAAUCAGGAGCUCUACAACGCGCACUACACUGGCGAAGGGUACCCAGUGGAUAAGGAUGAAUUGCUGUUCGAAACCUUCCAGAAAUGUAUGAGCCCCCUGAUCUGUGUACCAGCCCUAUGUAUCGUAUUCCUUGCAGAUGUCGAGCCAAUUUCAACCGCGACGCGUCUUGAAAUGUAUCCAGAGAUGAAGCUGCUGCCGAUUCUCAAGAGGGCCCGCAAACCACAUCUGCCGAACGAGGAGCAAACGGGAAAAUGUUGGGACCCUCCAAAGUGUGGGAGGGUGAUCAAUCCGGCAGAUGGUCCAGUGCAGGCAUUUCUCGCUUCCACCAGGCUCUAUCCGACGACAGAUCAACCCAGAGAGGAGAAGCCGAUGGUGAGGAAAUGCCGGACUGUCCUAACGCCGAGCAUUUUCAAUUUCCAGGAACCCAUCUCCAUGUUCCUCCAGCAAGAUCGUCUGACCACGAGCAAGAACUCACGAGUCCAAAUGCGCCGCUUCUUCCGUCCGAAACCGGCGGCGGCAGUGGAUGUCAAGAAGUUCUCCGAGAAUACUGUUCCGCCACGUGGACAGAUGACCCCGCUGCCAGACCGAUUCUUUCAGAAACGGAUGAGCAUCACUCCGGAACAAGCUGGCUUCCGUUCGGACUGCGUUGAAUGUGAGCAGUGCGGUUUCCUAUUCAGAAACAGGUCAAUGCUCGAGGGGCACAUGAAGAAGCACGACAAACUGAAGAAAAAAGAGAUUUUCAGGUAAUUCUGUCACAAUUAGUUUGUAACAUUGUGGUGGAUUUCAGUAUAAGCGCGGGGUUGAGGUGCCCGAUUAAAACCUGCGAUGCUCGUUCGGACACCUUGGCCACUGUCGUUCGGCACAUGAAAAUGAAGCAUAGCAUUGGUGAAUUCACAUUCGAGCGUAUAAUUUUCAAGGAUUUCAAUGAAUUUAAGGUAUGGAACAAAGAAAUCGAAAGAAAAAAGUUUUUAAAUCACGUUUAGAUGUGGCGCAACGAACUGGAGAGACUGACAAUGUCGAGAUUCAGUAGAACUUCCGGAAAACAGAACAUUUUCAGCAAGUCUACGUGAGUUGUGCUUUUCUUUCAGGGUUCAAUUUCUCAUUGACACAUCUUCAGUUACUACCAAUGCCAUCACUCCGGAGUCGUGCCUCCACAGCACACCGAACAGGAUCCGCGAAAGAGAAGCCGUCAGAGUAAGAAGAUCGGAAGAACCUGCACGGCGUUCUUCCACGUUCGCGAGAAUGAGGACGGGUACGCAUCAUUAUCGAUUUUUCUGCGUUCCGAUUUCAAUUGUGAUGUUUCAGAACUGUCCUUCUCCGCGGAUGCACCAAGCACACAGGCCACGGAGUCGACAUUCGCCAUCUUCCGCUUUCCGAAGAGAUCAAAAUGGAAAUCGCACAUUUGCUCAUCGAAGGAUGCGACGAGAACAGCAUUGUUGACAAGAUGCGUCAGCAUUCUGAUCGCAAAAACCGCCGCUAUUACCUUCAAUCGUACGAGAUCCGCAACGUGGCGAACAAGAUUGAGAAGUUCAAGGAGGAGUACAAGAGAAGAGUGAGACAAAUCGACAUUAUCAUAAUUGCAUCAGUUUUUUUGCAGAUGGCUGCCGGUGAACCACUUCCAGAUUUGGGUGAAGCGAUCAACGGAAAACGUCACAGCGACAGAACCGUUUACACGUCCACCAGAGCCAAACUCUCAUGUCACAGAUACCCGGUGGUUGAUGAGCAGAUCGAUGAGGAGUACUUGCGAGAUGCAAAGGUACAAACCCUUCUCUUGCAGACUCCCGACUCAACGCGAUAUUUUCAGUCUCCGAACUACGAGUCGGCGUUCUACGACGAGGAGGAAAGAGGUUCAUCCUCGAGUGGCGAAGACGAAGCGGUGUCGCCGUUCAAACCAUCACGCACUGCGGCUAGCUCGGAGCCAUCUACAUCCACUUCGACUGAAAAAUCGAAAGAGCUGACAAAAGCGGUCGGGGACGAGGCCACCAUUAAGAAGUUGCUCAACAUGCCGAACAGAGCCAAGGCGAUCCGUCGUCCUCCUGCACCGAAAAUUGGUAAACCGGAACCGGUCUUCGUGAAAGAGAACCCGGCCGCCGCUCAAGUGACCACCACAAGAAAUUCGAGUUCGAGAAAGGGCGUUCCGAAGGUGAGACUACUAAAACAUGAAUGAAACGAACUGGAAGCAACAUGUGGACCUUAAAAUCAGACUUGACGAAAAGAGUAGAUGGAAAAAUUACCAACUAGCUGGUACACAAGCCGGAAAACGUAAUUUCGAAACUCUAAAUUACAAAAAGGCACGAUUUUGAGAAAAAAUGACGGCCAGAGGGUAUUUUUCAAUUCAUCCUUUACGAUUGACUGAUUUUGCGCGUCAAAGUCAGAAAAGAUUAGCAUAAAAACACAUUUUCCACCUUUUGCACGUGAAUUUUAAAAAUAACUAUCCUUGCAGAAGAUACUCAUCGAACCGGAGACAAACGAGACGGAGAAUACGUUUUCGAUGGGAGUCACUGAAUCUGCUGAGCCUUCAACAUCUUCCACGCCGGCUAGUGCCGUCCGCUACUCUUCCCGUCUGAAGCAGAAAAGGGAAGAUCGUGACGCGUCUCGAUUCGCUGAAGAGCAAGGGAUUCCGAUGGAGGAAUCGAAGUCGACGUCUCUGGUUGAGGACGAGACCAACCCAGAAGACGAAUAA